AUGGAUACGACAAUUACGUACACAAAAGAUAUUAUUGAAUUUAUUCAACGAUCAUCAAAACGUUUAUCAAUUGCCAAACAACUAUUAUAUGAAACAACAUCUCCAUAUACAAAAUUAAAAGCUUUAUAUCCAACCAGAUGGACAGUUAAAGUUGGAUCAAUGUAUUCACUAUUGAAAAAUUAUGAAUUAAUUAAAGAUGUGUUAGGCGCAGUUAUUGAUGACAAAGAUAAAUCAGGAACAACUGUUAAUGGUUAUUUACAGUAA